AUGAGCAAACACAAAAGUUUUCCUUAUUUACAUAUUCUCGAGGCUCCUGAGAAAAAGACUGAAGCGGCGGAAAUUCUGGUUGAUUCGAUCAGUUUAUCCGAUUUGGAAGUAAACAAGAAAACGUCGAACGAGUUGAGCCAACUGAGGAGUGAGCUACAAGAAGCAAAAGAAGAAAUUCGUUUAUUGAAGAAGUCAAUCCAACGACUCGAGCAAUUUCUCAAGAGACCCCAACGACUUGCUCAAAUCAAUCAUCUCUACUUUUCAAAUACUGACAAUUUCAAGUCAAUUCUUGUCUUUCGCUGGCGUUUAUCAAUAAUGUCAAACGAUCGAGCGGAAAAUGGAGAAACGCUUCUAGAUGAGUUUAAGAACCCUCAACUACAAACAACAACAACCAAACGAGUGAAAAGUAUCGACGAAUUUUUGACUUUGGGAAGAUAUUGUGUUUGGUUUCUGUUUUGUGUUGAAUUAAUGACUUUAACCUCGUUGAUCUGCAAGGUUUGUAUGGUCUUUAUAGGUGCUACUCCGAAUAUCGUUUCUUGUGGAAAUGUGACUUUUGUUGAUCAAACGGAGGCCUGUGAGAGGUUGCCCAUUUUGAUUGAGAUGACAAGCUGCAAACCGGUGUUUGAGUAUCAAUUUCUAUCGGUGAAUGUCGAGUAUAAUUUAAUCUGCAAAGAUGCGUAUCUUGUGAAGAAUUCGAUAUCGGUUCAAAUGCUCGGAGUGCUAGUGGGAAACUUUGUGUUUGGUCAAUUCUCCGAUAGUUAUGGGAGGAAACUGACAAUUUUCAUUUCUUUGAUUUGCAUCACAGUCACCUCGUUCAUCAAUGCUUAUGCGACCUCGUUUGAAGUGUUUUACUGGCUUCGCAUUGUAGUCGGCUUCUUUUCUGGUGGACUAUCAACAGCGAUUGGCGUGUACACAAUGGAAAAUGUUCCAACGAGGCACCGAAUGUGGGUGACGACAGUGAUCUCGUGGUCACCGAACUAUAUUUUCUUCCCGGUGAUCGCUUAUUAUUGCCACGAUUGGAGGACACUGCUAAAAGCGAAUGCUCUACUUUCUUUUCUCUCGAUGAUUUGUAUUUGCUUUCUUUUCGAAUCACCGUUAUGGUUGGUUCAAAAAGAUCGAUUUGAGGCAGCAAGACGAGUUUUUUCAAAAAUUCAACGGAUCGACGGACGUUCAGAAGAUAAACUCGGAUGGCAGGAAUUGGAAGAGGCACUCGAAUAUCGCCAACAGAUUGCUGAGACUCGACCGAAAAAGCAGAGAAAAUACACGUACUAUCACAUCUUGUGCACCUGGAAGAUGCUGUCCUGGACGAGCACUUUGGCUUUUGGAAUUGGCGCCACUUCUCUUGUCAACUAUGCCCUAAUGUUCAACAUGGAGAAGCUGAGUGGAUCACUUUAUUGGAACAAUAUUUUACUUGGACACAUCAACGCGUUGGCGUUGCUCUUUAAUGCCGUAUGUCUGGCGUGGAUUUGUUUGACUUACUACCAAGAGCCGAACAGCAAUGGUGGAUGGGUUUUAAGAAGUUGCACGAUUGCGAUCACAGCCAUGUGCAGUCAGCUUUAUAGCGCCAAAUGUAUGGCCACCAACGAGUUGUACGCGACGGCUGUUCGCAAUUUGGCCACAGCAAAUCUCUCAAUUUGGAGUCGAUUUGGGACAAUGAUUGCACCACAGCUAUUUCAAUUGGGUGAUUCGACUUCUCCGCUUCCUUACAUAGUCCUUCUUGUCGUCACCAUUAUCGAUCUGACAGCUUUUCAAAUUUUCAUUCCCGAGACGAAAGGGAAAUCUCUCGAAAAGGAGCUCCCACCAAAAGAGAAACGCAUCUUCUACCGAGAGAGAAAGAGACGUCAAUCCCUGGUCACUGACGACGAAGCUAUCGUCCAA